AUGGUAAAAAAUUCAUUCAUCUCAGUUAUUUCACAAGAAGAAGAAAAAGAAGAAAACAGGGGGUCCAUUGAAUUUCAAGUAUUUCGUUUCACCAAUAAGAUACGAAGACUGACUUCACAUUUGGAAUUGCACCGAAAAGAUUAUUUAUCUCAGAGAGGUUUACGUAAAAUCCUGGGAAAACGCCAACGACUGCUGUCUUAUUUGUCAAAGAAAAAUAGAAUACGUUAUAAAGAAUUAAUUAGUCAGCUGGAUAUUCGGGAGUCAAAAACUCGUUAA